AUGCUGUGCCACGGCGAGGGCCUGCUGAGCUCCCUGACGGCUCUGAUGGCGCUGGCGCUGGCGCUGAGCCGCAGCCCGGCGCUGGCCUGCCUGCUGCCGGCCGGGCUCUACCUGGCGCUGCACCUCCUGGCCCUGGAGCCCGCGGCGCCCCAGAGCGCGCAGCGCGUUCUGCGGCCCCGCGGCGCCGCCGCCCGCAUCGCGCACCGCGGCGGAGCGCACGACGCGCCCGAGAACACGCUGGGGGCCAUCCGACAGGCAGCUGAGAAUGGAGCAACGGGUGUGGAGCUGGACCUUGAAUUCAGUGCAGAUGGUGUCCCCAUUCUCAUGCACGAUGACACAGUUGAAAGGACAACUGAUGGGGCUGGGAGACUGCAGGACCUGACUUUUGAGGAAAUCAGGAAGCUGAAUCCAGCUGCAAAACACAGGCUACGGAGCCAAUUCCAGGAUGAAAAGGUGCCAACUCUUAGAGAAGCUGUUGUGGAGUCCAUGCAUCACAAUCUCACAAUCUACUUCGAUGUCAAAGGCCAUGCAAACCAGGCAGUUGAAGCCCUGAAACAACUCUACCAGGAAUUUCCACAGUUGUAUAACAGCAGCAUUGUCUGUUCUUUCAUGCCAGAAGUUGUUUAUAAGAUGAGACAAGCUGACAGAAAUGUUGUGACAGCACUGACCCACAGGCCCUGGCAGCUGAGUCACCUGGGCAAUGGGACACCCCGCUUCAGUUCCUCCUGGAAGCAUUUCUUGUACAUGGUGAUGGAUGUCAUUCUGGACUGGAGCCUGCACAGUUUCUUGUGGAGACUGUGUGGGGUUUCAGCUUUCCUCAUACAGAAGAAUUUUGUUUCUCAGGACUAUGUGAGGCACUGGUCUGCCAGAGGAAUCCGAGUGGUGGCCUGGACAGUGAACACGUUUGCAGAGAAAAGCUACUACGAGAGCGUCCUUGACUGCAGCUACAUAACCGACAGCUUGGUGGAGGACUGUGACCCCCACUACUGAGCCAGCCCCACGCUGCCCUCCUGGCAGGGCUGGUGGGCUGCUGAGGAGAGCCUGGGAAAGGCAGAGCAGCACCUGGCUUCUGCCUCUGGUCACAUCUCAAAUGCAGGAACCUUCUGGUGCAGCCACAGAGUCUGAGGAAAUCACUGUCAUGUGAAAGAAUCAGAUAAUUUUGGUUCUAAAUUGGUGUCAGCAAUUUUGGUGUCAAAAUUUCAAAUCAUAACUAGAUGUUAGUAAUUUUAACUAGCACGUCCUACAAGUGUAUACUAAUUUGAGGUUGAUUUAGAGCACCUUAAAAUUAUUGACAUUAUUUUUCUUAAAACAAAAACUGGAAAUAAUGGUACAAUGGUGCCAAAAUAGAAGAUGAGUAUAUUUCCCUGCCCUGUGUGGAAAGAUGGCUGUGCUGAAUACUGAUGAGGAAGAAAAAGCCAACUUUCCAUGUGUGAUGUGAUGUGAAGGUUAUGAGAAUUAACAAAAAAACUUGAUUAGCUUCUUAUCUUCCAGACCUUUUAAGAGAACCAGUGGAGGAUAGGAAAUUGUUUCUUCUAAUGAAGAAAAAACACAGCACAUGAAUGUAUUUAUUUUAAAGAUAAAGCUAUAUAUAGAGUGCUGCAGUAGAACAAAUGGUGCUGAAAUGUCUUUUUAGUUUGCUUUUGGUUGCAUGAUUGAAGGGCACUCAGAGGGAUAUGGAAACUGUAAUCCAGAUUUAACUUGAACUCCAAAGAGUCUGCAGUAACAAUAAAAAGUCUUUGAGAAUUCAUGGGGAAGUGUUCUUUGUCAGCUGUGCAGGAGGGUAUUUAUACAAAAUGUCAAAAUGAGUGCAGAUUGUCCCAGUUAGGGUAAAUCCAAACUUCUGGAAUACCACAGAUUCAUGCUGUGACCUGCUGGGAGGGAUGGAUUUUUUGUUUGUUUCCUGAGCUCCAUCCAGGCACAAAGAAGCACAAAGGAGGUGCCUUUCCCUGUCACUC